AAUAAUAAACAGGACAAGCCAAAAGCUGAAGCAGAAGAGCUGCACCGAAAAUGGCAGCGGAAGCAGAGGAAACAGAGGAGCUCGCAUGGAGCAGGGAGACGAUUCCCAGGGUCAUGAAGAUCGCCUGCGCCAGGCUCCCCCAGCGGGACCUCGUCUCUCUCCUGCUCGUCAGCCCGUGGCUGCACCGCACCCUCGUCUCGUACCCUUCUCUCUGGCUGGUUCUUGAUUUGCGCGAGAUGACCAACGCGGGGAACCGGCUCCUGGGCGCUCUCUCGCUGCCAAGGUAUCGCCAGGUGAAGCGAAUCGACCUCGAGUUCGCCCAAGAUAUCGAGGACAAACACCUGGAGUCCCUCGAGAACGAGUAUUCUGAAUCUCUCAAAAGCUUGGAGACUUUAAAUCUGAACGGUUGCCAAAAGAUCUCUGACAAGGGAAUUGCUGCUGUAACCAGUUGUUGUCCAAAUCUUAAGGUUUUUUCUAUUUAUUGGAAUGUGCGAGUGACAGACAUAGGCAUAAAGCAUCUGGUAGAGAACUGCAGACAUUUAGUUGAUUUGAACUUAAGUGGCUGCAAGAAUAUUACAGACAAGAGCUUGGAGUUAGUUGCUGACAGUUAUAAUGAAUUACAGUCACUAAACCUUACUAGGUGUGUCAAGCUUACAGAUAUUGGCUUGCAGCAAAUACUAUUCAAGUGCUCUUCUCUCCAGAGUCUAAACCUUUAUGCCCUUUCUAGUCUCACAGAUAACGCAUACAACAAUAUUUCCUCUCUUUCCCAUCUGAAGUACUUGGAUCUUUGUGGAGCCCAGAACCUAUCAGAUGAUGCACUUUCCUGUAUAGCCAAAUGUGGAAAAGUCGUGGCCCUGAAUUUGACAUGGUGUGUACGUAUAACUGACAAGGGGGUCAUAGCAGUUGCUGAAGGCUGCGUCUCACUCGAGUUCCUUAGCUUGUUUGGGAUAGUUGGGGUGACAGACAAGUGCCUUGAAGCCCUUUCGACAACCUGCUCAAACACACUCACCACACUUGAUGUGAAUGGUUGCAUCGGCAUCAAGAGACGAAGCCGUGAAGACCUGCUCAAAUUGUUUCCACACCUAAAAUGUUUUAAGGUUCAUAGCUGACAUUUUAAAGGAGGACAAUAUACCGAUAUAGAUGACAAUUAUAUAUUUUCUUUUUUGUAAGAAAGUGGUGAUACAGCUGCAGCUGCUAGAAAAGAUCAUAUCAUAACGCCAUUUGAGAUUUUUCAGCUGGAUUGUCAUGUUUCCCCUGGAUUUCAAAGUCUGCUUGCUGUCUCUCUUGAAGUCUGUAUGAUUGACAAUGAAAUUUUGAGAAAAUAUUCGCAAAGAAUGAAUGAGAGGAUAUUUAGCAGAA